GCGAUACUAUACCGGUGGGAGGCAGCAAUGCACUAAAACAGAGCCGAGACUGCCGGAAAAAAGAAGAAUAAGCUUUACUAUUUUGUGUGAAUCAUCUAUGGUGUGAAUGCGCCCCUCUGUGGUCAGCACCGGUGCACACACCACGAGGACCCGCCAAACACACACACACAAGUAGACGCGUGACAUGCCUGCUAGCUCAAUAGUAAGCUAACUGUUAGUGUUGCUGUCCUAUCGUAGUUGCAAUCAUGUUUGUAGCGCGUAGUAUCGCAGCAGAUCAUAAAGAUCUAAUUCACGAUGUGUCGUAUGAUUUUCACGGCCGCAGAAUGGCAACUUGCUCCAGUGAUCAAAGUGUCAAGGUUUGGGACAAAAGUGAGAAUGGAGAGUGGCACUGCACAGCCAGCUGGAAGACACACAGCGGAUCAGUGUGGAGAGUGACCUGGGCUCAUCCAGAAUUUGGGCAGGUUCUGGCAUCCUGCUCCUUUGACAGGACAGCUGCUGUCUGGGAGGAGAUUGUUGGGGAGUCCAAUGACAAGCAGAGAGGACUGAGCCACUGGAUAAAGAGAACCACACUAGUGGACAGUAGGACGUCAGUGACUGAUGUGAAAUUUGCCCCUAAACACAUGGGCCUCAUGCUGACCACCUGCUCAGCGGACGGAGUGGUGAGGAUCUACGAGGCUCCUGAUGUGAUGAACCUAAGUCAGUGGUCCCUGCAGCAUGAGAUCUCAUGCAAGCUCAGCUGCAGCUGCAUUUCUUGGAACCCCUCAAGCUCUCGUGCCCACCCGCCAAUGUUUGCAGUGGGGAGUGACGACAGCAACGUAACGUACGGUGGGAAAGUACAGAUCUAUGAGUAUAAUGAAAACACAAGGAAAUAUGCUAAAGCAGAGACGCUGAUGACCGUCACUGAUGCAGUCCAUGACAUUGCAUUUGCUCCAAACCUGGGAAGAUCUUUCCACGUGCUCGCCAUUGCAACUAAAGACGUCAGAAUCUUCAAGCUUGUGCCUAUGAGGAAGGAGACCACCUCUACAGGACCCACCAAGUUUGAGGUGCAGAUUGUGGCUCAGUUUGACAACCAUAACUCCCAGGUGUGGCGUGUGAGCUGGAACAUCACCAGCACCCUGCUGGCCUCUUCCGGGGAUGACGGCUGUGUUCGCCUCUGGAAAGCGAACUACAUGGACAACUGGAAGUGCACAGGCAUCCUGAAGGGAGACGGCAGCCCACUCACUGGCUCGUCUGGUCAGCCCACAGCCAUGAGCACCGUGGUGGGCUCGUCUGUUCAGACCUCCCAGAACGCCCUGAACGGCAUGUCUGCAGGAAGGUAUUUCUUUCCGCCUCUGGAUCCUCCCAGAGCGGGGACCAGGUACGGUCACCUGCUGCCUCCCCCCUCCCUCAUAGAGCACUGUGAUGCUGAGCCCAUUCAGCCUCAGCAACAGGCUCUCCCCCACAGACACUCCUCUAGGGCACUGCUGCCCUUACCAGAGGCUGAAGGGCAGUGAUUUGGUCGUUUAAAAAAAAAAGAAGGGACCAGCUUGCGGGAAAGGCAGGGGCCCCACAACUGCCAUUCAUUUCUAAUAAAGAUCUUUAAUCUUUG